AUGGAGAAGAUAAUUUCACCAUACCAAACAGCUUAUGUCUCUAGAAGAUUAAUAAAUGAUAACACUAUCAUGGCUCAUGAGAUUAUUCACUCUAUGAAAAGGAAGGAAGGACAAAGUGAUUUCAAUCCUAGUGGAGGGAUAAGACAAGGAGAUACCCUUUCUCCCUAUCUCUUUAUUCUAUCCAUGGAAUGGUUCUCAAGGACUAUGGUUGAAGCUCAUCAUUCAAAAAGCAUACAAGGUAUUUCAGUAGCUAGAGGUGCACCACCUAUCAAUCAUCUGCUAUUUGCAGAUGAUUGCCUCAUUUUUACUCAUGCAAAUUUAACCAGUGUGAAUAAUCUCUUGCAAGUUUUACAAGAUUUUAGUUCACCAUUUGGUCAAGUCAUUAAUUUUGACAAAUCUUCAAUACUCUUCAGUAACAACAUGGAUCCUGUGGUAUGUGACUCUCUAAGUAACAUACUAGGUAUUCAACCUAUGAGUAAAAAUGAGAAAUAUUUGGGAUAUCCUCUAAUUAUUGGCAGAUCAAAGGUCAAAGCAUUUGAAGAUAUUCAAGUGGCAUUUGAAAGAAGGUUGGGUAAUUGGCAAGGCACUACAAUCCAUCAAGCUGGUAGAUCUACUAUGGUUAAAGCAGUUCUCAACUCCAUUCCUAUGUAUCAAAUGAGCACUUUCAAAAUGCCAAAGAAAAUUCUCAAGAAACUGGACUCUAUUCAAAGAAAAUUCUGGUGGGGGUUCAAAUCUAAUAAAGGUUUUAAUCUCAUUGCUUGGAAGAAUAUGUGUUUAUCUAAAGAUUUAGGGGGUCUAGCUUUCAGAGACUUAGAAAUGAUGAAUCAUGCACUUCUGGCUAAACUGGCAUGGGGAAUUUGUCACAACUCUGAUAAUUUGCUGGGUCAAUUACUUCAAGCCAAAUAUCAUAAAAAUGAGGAUUUUCUUCAUUUACAUGGUGAAAUAAGUAAUUCUUCUUGGGUAUGGAAGGGCAUUGAAUUAGUUUUCUCUAUAGUCCAGCAGCACUACUUCAUGGAGGUAAAUAAUGGCAGAUCAACAAGAAUAUGGCGUGAUAAAUGGAUUAUAGGUUUAAAUGAAACGGUUGAACCUAAGCAUACUUCUCAUUAUCAGUUUUUGUUUGUCAGUGAAUUAAUCAGAACAGAUACCAAUGAUUGGGAUACAAGACUUCUCAACAUCUUAUUCUCCCCUAAGAAUGUAGAAAGAAUAUCCAUAAUGGAGAUCUCAGUGUCAGAAGAGGAUAUAUUGAGAUGGUCUCCUGCUAAAGACGGUGUAUUCUCAGUAAAAUCCACUUACAAUAAACUCAUGGAGAGAAGAGUAUUUAAUCAAGCGGCUAUCUGUACAAUUCCUAAAGUUGUUUGGAAGGUUCUUUGGAAGAUGAAAUUACCCCACAUAGUGAAGUUUUUCAUUUGGAAAUGCCUCAAGAAUUCAGUUCCAACAAGGAUAAGAUUAGCUCAGUUUAACUAUCUGGAUGAUCAUCACUGUAGUAUCUAUAACUUAGUUGAGAGCAUACCAAUACAAUCAGGCAGUCAAACCACUAGUGCUAGAGAUGAUACUACCCUUACACUAUUUUUAGAUGCAUCUUUUGACUAUAGUACUAAUGAUUGUGGAAUCGGUAUGGUUCUCUGUAAUUUUGCAGGGGAAAUCUCAAGCGUCAAAGGAUCCUAUGCAGCUAGAGUAAAAGUUCCAGAAACAGGGGAGUGUAUGGCUGUAAUGGAAGCUCUGAGCUGGAUUCGAGACAAAAACAUCUUAAAGAUUCACAUUGCAGCUGAUGCAGAAACGGUUGUGAAAUCCAUCACAACAGAAGAAGUUUAUGUUAACUGGGUAAAUAGGAAAAUGAUUAGACGUAUUAAAUCUAUCUUAUCGUCUUUUAGUCUUUGGUCAGUCACUCAUUUCAAAAGGGAUAGUAAUCUUUUGGCAGAUAGAGUUUCAAAAAGAAUAAGACGUUUAAAACAGUCUUUAGAAGAAAGUUAUUACUCUGUUAUUUGUAUUGACACUUUUCUGGAGAAGUUUAAUGCUCCUCCUGCUAUUUAA